AUGCUAGAUUGGGAUAAAUGUAAUUUCAUGGUCAUCGAAGGUGUUGUUCUUGGACACAAGAUUUCAUCAAAAGGGUUGGAGGUUGACAAAGCCAAAGUUGAGGUGAUCGAGAAGCUACCCCCACCGGUCAACGUCAAGGGAGUGCAAAGCUUCCUUGGUCAUGCGGGAUUUUAUAGGCGUUUCAUCAAAGACUUCUCGAAGAUAGUUAAGCCAUUGAGAAAUUUGCUCAACAAAGCGGAUCAUUUGUCCCGUUUGGUCAGUGUGGAUGUUACAAAGAAAGAAAUUGAAGUAAGAGAAGAAUUUCUGGAUGAGAAACUCUAUGCGAUUCAAGUGAGGCCUUGGUUUUCCGAUUUUGCUAAUUUUAAGGCAACUGGUUUGAUACCGGAAGACCUCACUAGUAAUCAAAAGAAAAAGUUUUUGUCGGAUGUCAAGCAAUAUGUGUGGGAUGACCCAUACUUAUUCAACGUAGGAGUGGAUAGUAUUUUGAGAAGGUGUGUCACUAGUGAAGAGUCCAAAGACAUUAUUUGGCAUUGUCACAACUCUCCAUACGGAAGGCAUUAUAGCGAAGUUGAAGUUUUUGAUUGUUGGGGCAUUGAUUUUGUUGGCCCGUUUCCUCCGUCUUUUGCAAAUGAAUACAUUCUCAUUGCGGUUGACUAUGUGUCAAAAUGGGUGGAAGCAAGUGCUUCACCUAAGGUUGAUUCCAAAAUGGUAAUCAAAUUUUUAAAGAAAAACAUAUUUUCUCGUUUUGGUGUGCCUAGAGUGUUGGUAAGUGACGGUGGCUCUCACAUUUGCAAUGCACCCUUGGAAAAAGUUUUGGAACAUUAUGGUGUAAACCACAAAGUCACUACUCCUUACCAUCCUCAAGCUAAUGGUCAAACUGAUGUGUCUAAUAGGGAAAUAAAGAAGAUUCUUGAGAAAACCGUGUCAAGUGCUAGGAAGGACUAG